AUGACCGAAGCUGCUAGGAAGCGUUUCUUUCAAAUCCAUGAGCUUGAGGAGCUUAGGGAUGCGGCUUAUGCUCGAUCAUUGGGAAUCAAGGAGAAAACAAAAGUUCUACAUGAUAGGAAGUUAAGAAAAGUGAAGGAAUUUAGCAAAGGCGGCAAAGUACCCAUCUACAACUCCAGAUUGAAGUUGUUUGCGGGUAAGUUGAAAUCGAAGUGGUCGGGACCUUAUAUGGUUCACUACGUGUUUCUGUAUGGAGCGGUGGAGAUCAUGGAUGAGACGGAUGGCCGUAGUUGGAAGGUGAAUGGCCACAGAUUAAAGCACUACAUUGGAGGGGCGAUAAACAAGAACGAGAUGGAGGAAACUCCUCUCGAAAUCCCAUCUAAAGCCGCCAAUUAG